AUGGCCGAUGGUCUGAACCGAGAGUUCGCCUCCCAUUCCAAGAAGCGCCCCCACAAUCUGGUGAUCGGGCGAAUGUACGACUACCACCUGUACGACAUGCUCGAGGUGGGGGUCACGCGCCACGUCAGCAUCCAACAGCUCAAAGGAGGCGGGAAGCUUUCCCCGCAGGUGGGCUCAAAGCCGUGCUUUUGUUUCAUUGGAACCGAGUUCGACAAUGACCCAGCAGCAGUGCAGCUCAAGAGCCUCUUGCUGGACUUUUUCCGAGGGGAGGUGGCAGCAACAGUCGACCUGGCAGGCCUCGACAGAGUCUUUGUGUGCGCCGCUCAAAACGGCAAGGUCCUAUUUCGCCACUGUGCCAUCCGUUUAAAGCGCUCAGGCACUAAGGUGCCUCGCGUGGUGCUCGUGCCCAUUGGACCGUCCAUUGAUUUUGAGAUCCGACGGACGAGAUUGCCUGGCGAGGAGCUGAGGAAGGAGGCGAUGCGGGCAGUGAAGCUUGGGCAGGAGAAGAAGAUCAAGAACGUGAAGUCAGACAUAAUCAAGGGCAAGGUGGGGCGCAUCUACAUGCCGAAACAGGAGGUGGGGUCGAUGUCGCUCAUGAAGAUGAAGGGGCUCAAGCGGGAGCGCAGGGAGGCCGCUGCCACCAGGAAGAAGGCCAAGCAGGACGCCCCGGCCAAGGGGGGCGAGGGGAGGGGGGGAGAGGCGGCAGAUGGUGGUGCAGGUGCCGCUCAGGAGUAG